UGGGUGGAAAUAUCCACUUAUCCGCGAGCAAGAGUUGGUCAAGACAGUGCUGUUGAAAGCGAGCAGUCAUGCUGGACUUUGCCAUCUUUGCCGUCACAUUUGUCAUCAUCUUAGUCGGCGCUGUGCUCUACUUGUACCCGUCAUCAAGAAGGGCCUCUGGCAUCCCAGGUCUUAACCCCACAGAUGAGAAAGAUGGCAACCUGCAGGACAUUGUGAACAGAGGCAGUCUGCACGAGUUCCUCGUCAGUCUGCAUCAGGAGUUUGGGUCUGUGGCAUCAUUCUGGUUCGGCGGUCGGCCGGUAGUCAGCCUGGGCUCUGUGGACCAGCUACGGCAGCACAUCAACCCCAACCACACCACUGACUCCUUUGAGACGAUGCUGAAGUCGUUGCUAGGUUACCAGUCAGGGAUGGGAGGCGGGGCCAGUGAGACCAUGAUAAGGAAAAAGUUGUACGAGAGUGCCAUCAACAACACACUGAGGAACAGCUUCCCUCUUGUGCUCAAGCUGGUGGAGGAGCUGGUUGGAAAGUGGAAGUCAAUCCCAGAGGAUCAGCACACCCCGCUGUGCGCCCACCUGCUGGGCCUGGCCAUGAAGACCGUCACCCAGCUGGCUCUGGGCGAGCGCUUCAACGACGACGCAGAGGUCAUCUCCUUCCGCAAGAACCACGAUGCGAUCUGGUCAGAAAUCGGGAAAGGCUACUUGGAUGGCUCGCUGGAGAAGAGCUCCAGCAGAAAAGGACAUUAUGAGAAGGCUCUGUCAGAGAUGGAGUCUGUGCUGCUGUCAGUGGCGAAGGAGAGAAAAGCCCAUAAGAAGCAGACGGUGUUUGUUGAUACUCUCCUUCAGUCCAGCCUCACAGAGCGACAGAUCUUGGAGGACAGCAUGGUUUUCUCUUUGGCCGGAUGCGUCAUCACUGCCAACUUGUGCAUCUGGGCACUUCACUUCCUGUCCACCUCAGAGGAAGUUCAGGACAAGUUGUACCAGGAGGUGACGGAGGUUUUGGGCUCGGAUCCAGUUUCUUUGGACAAGAUCCCACAGCUUAGAUACUGCCAGCAGGUCCUCAACGAGACGGUGAGGACUGCCAAGUUGACCCCCAUCGCGGCUCGGCUUCAGGAAGUGGAGGGCAAAGUUGAUCAGCACAUCAUCCCCAAAGAGACUUUGGUGAUCUACGCUUUGGGAGUAGUCCUGCAAGAUUCUAACACCUGGAGCGCCCCAUACAGGUUCGAUCCAGAUCGAUUUGUGGAGGAAUCAGUCGAGAAAAGCUUCUGUCUGCUCGGCUUUUCUGGGAAUCAAACGUGCCCAGAGCUCAGCUUCGCCUACACUGUAGCGACUGUGCUGCUCAGCACAAUUGCGCGGCAGCUGAAGCUUCACAAGUUGAAAGGACAAGUCAUGGAUGUCAGAUCUGCGCUGGUGUCCACUCCUAAGGACGAAACCUGGAUCACUGUCAGCAGAAGAAGCUAGGGCUCGUCUUUAAAAACCACUGGAGGGCAGAAGAGCUGAAGAGUCUUAAUUACCAGCAAAGUGUUUGUUGAAUGUUGAGGAUCCACUCUGUUAGAGAAACAUCAUUUUUUAACUUGUGCCGCAAGUUACUUCUUGUCUUUUUUCUGAAAACAUUACAGCAAUUAAUACUUUGUGUAAUUAAACUCUAAAUUUGCA